UGUGCCACCCAGUAAAUAACUCACUCUCGCGAGGCUGGGAUAACUGCACUGAGAUGAGAAACAUUGCUUAGGGGGCUGGGGCGACUGCCCUGCAGCAGCCUGGAAAUGGAAAUUUGGCGGGAACUGGGGUCCUGAGGAGGAUUCCAAGACAUGCUUUGAGGAGAUUUGGCACGGAAAUGCGAUUUUCUAUUGCAGCAGACCAUGCUACGAAUUAAAGACCCUAAGAAGUCAUUAGAUUUUUAUACAAGAAUUCUUGGAAUGACGCUACUUCAAAAAUUAGAUUUUCCCACUAUGAAAUUUUCACUCUAUUUCUUGGCUUAUGAGGAUAAAAAUGACAUCCCCAAAGAUAAAGAUGAAAAAACAGCAUGGGUAUUCUCCAGAAAAGCUACACUUGAGCUGACACACAAUUGGGGUACUGAAGAUGAUGCAACUCAGAAUUACCACAAUGGCAAUUCAGACCCUCGAGGAUUUGGUCACAUUGGAAUUGCUGUUCCUGAUGUACAUGGUGCUUGUAAAAGAUUUGAAGAACUGGGAAUCAAAUUUGUAAAGAAACCUGAUGAUGGUAAAAUGAAAGGCCUGGCAUUUAUUCAAGAUCCUGAUGGCUACUGGAUUGAAAUUUUGAAUCCUAACACAAUGAUAACUAUUAUUUAGUUCUAUGAGACUACGUCUUUGUGAUUUCAAUGAAGACAUUGUAGAGGACAAAAAGGAAACAAUGUGGUUCAAGGUAGUUAUGUAACAAAAGCAUUGAGGACUAAUGGAUCAUUGUCCUAGUUCAAAUUAUUCUUAAGUUCAUUUCUUUUUCCUACUUCACCUAACUGUUCAGUAAUUCUGGUUUUAAAAUAGUGCUUUUAUCUUAUGCCCUUGAAUGUAAUUCUUUAACUUUACUUUUGAAGUAAUAAUUAGAACAGUUCCCUUCAGACACUGCAUUGGCCUUCAUCUGUCUUCUAAAUAAGACAUUUUUUAAGCCUUUCUUUGAAUCAUCAUUUUCAAAAAAACAUUUAACAUGUUUUUGUUGUGGAUAUCUUCUGGGGUUUCAUUCCUCAGAAAUAACUUUUCCCAAUGAAAAGUAAGGAAAACACUGAACAAAAAUGAAACCUCAUGUGUACUUCAAACAGUAUAAAGAAUUGUGUUACAAAAGAAAAGUUCCUCUUGGGAGCAAUUGAGAACCAUGCUGACAAGGAUGCUGAUAGAAAAACCAAUUUCUGUUCAUUUAUAAAGUACUUCCAAAGUUCAAGAACUAACUUCAUUUUUUUAGGAUGGAGAGGAGGAGGAAGGGGAUAUUGUUUACUGGAUACCCAGACACUGGACUUGGCUGUCACAUGCUUUAUCUCAUUUAAUCCUUACAACUAUCCUAUGAAAAAGGCUAAACAUAUAAAAUAACUUUAAUAAAUUGAAGACAAUAUAAAUAGGCUGAAGUCCUCAAGAUCUCAUCAUCAUGUUUAGUAUUUAGAUUGUGUCUCAAAUAUUAGUACCUCACAAUACCUCCUUUGCUAAUUUCCUGUAAAAUCCUUGGACAAGUUUGAACAUCAUCCUCUCAGCUCUCAGGCCUGAUUACCACAGUGAGGAGUAAGCAAUGGAGGAGGUCUUUAGCACAUAACUCCCCUGGGGACAGCCAGGUGACUCCUGCACAGGUGGUACUUAACAUUACUCCUGAAGAGUCUCUAUCCCAAGGUCUGCAUUAUGCCAUUAACCAUUUAUUAUCAAUUAUAUUCAGUGAUAACGUAAUAGUUAUCAGAAGUCAGCUAAAUGAUCUUCCCUGCUGUGACUCAUAUUUGGUUUUAAAAAUCAAAGUGAUUUUGAAAAUCUCUUAUGGUCUUAAGAAUAAAAACAUCUAGUUCAUGGUUUAACUACAUUUCAAUUUUUUGCAAACUUUAAUGAAAGAUCUUUGGAUAGGCCUUGCCAACUGUGCUAGCACUGCUAGAAGCUCUUUACAUUUCCUUUUUAGAUGGAUUGGAUUUAUGUGACCAGUUCGAACAAAUACAGGUACUUAUGAAGUUAAAUAAAAUAAAAUUGUAAAUAAGUCUAUGUUUAAUUGCAAACUUCUGUCCAGCACAUUCUUUCUAAAAAAGGCUGCUCUCAGGGAGUACUACAAGGAUGUGAAAGGGCUUGCAUAUUCAUUCUGAACUGGGAAUAAUUUUAAUUCUGUACUGCCUAUAAAAAAGAUAAUUUCCGUGGAUAAAGAAGUAUAGAAGAAUGGGAAGAGGAAAGUAAAUAAGGAAUAAAGGAUUGUGGUAGAUAAUGGGCAGAAGGAAGAAAGGCUAAUUAUGAAAAGGUGAGUUGUAGGAACUGAAGAAAACCAAUUUCAUGUAUUGAGUACUAGAAUUAUCAAAAUGGGGGGGUGUAAUUAGAUUCAUAAAUUAUCAUAUAAACCUUAUUUCCAGCCUUCUCCCUUGCUUACUCCUUAAGUCCACUUGUAUACCUCAUGCAUUGAAAAAAAAAAAAAAAAAGAGAGAGAAUGUAUUGUAUUGCCAGGCCUUGCUAGGGAUUGGAAACCUUAUUUCCAAAUUAACUUACCUGACAAGUGGUGAUAUGAAAGGAUGAAAUAAAGCACCAAAAAUGUUUUCUCAUUCUUGUUUUUCAUUACUGGACAGCAGUACUGUGUCAUUUACUGUUAACAUAAAAUAAAUUGGCAGUCUCCCAUGAGUCCUACACAGCUAAGACUGGAACUCUUAACACCAGUUGUUUGAAUUAAGAGUUGAUGGCUGAGAGAAUCACUCAUGGCUUCCCUUAAUGGCAUUCUGACCAGAAUUUUACAGAGUGUAUAUAAAUACUCUUCUGUAACACAACUGUUUGUGCAGAGUAAGGAUCAGUAAAGAUACUUGCUGCUGGCAAUAAGAAAAAACUCUAUUUGAUGUAACAAGCACAUAAGUUGACUGGCUCUAGAAUAGGUUGAUGGAGCGUUCAGUAAUAACAAGAACCUCCAGAUUCUUUCCAUCUUUCUCAGCCUGUAAUCCUCAGCAUUUUCUUUGGCUAAUAAUACUAUGAUUACAGACACCUACCAUGAUUCCAAGUGUCACGCGUAGAUCUGCAAUGGCCAUUGAAAGAAAACCAUUUGUUCCUUGUGUGUCUCUUAAAUGAGGGGUAAAAAACUUUUCCCAAAGCUGUCUAGCAGACUUCCCCUCAUCUCUCCACCAGAAGUGGAUUAUUUGCCUGUUUAUAAUUGCUGGCAAAGGAAAUGGGACCGCUCUGACUGAGAUGGAUCAUAUUUUCUCAAGUUGCCUGCAUGUGGUUAAAUACUGGAUCAAAAUUGAGACUGCUAGAAUGGAGGAACAAAUAAGGUCUUUGGGGUAGGCAUAAACACACUGCAACAGGCAAAAUUAAAUAUCGAGAACCUAGUUGUUUCAGGGUGCCAUAAGAAAUAAGACAUUUCCUGCCCUCAAAGAGUAGAGCCAAGAUUGUGAUUCUCAACCAUAUCAGACCUAGCAACCCUUUAUAACUCUGUAAAAUCAUAUCCCUCCUCUCAAACUAUCUUAAAAUGAAAUACAUAUAUAAAUAACGUACAUAUAUACGUGAUUUCAUAAAGGCCCAAUGCCUUCAUUGUAAUGUAAAGGAGAAAUGAAAAAUAUGAAGUAAAGUACUAAGCAUUUCAAUAUGUAAGUGCCCUGGUGCUAUUAUACUAGAACAGAAAAAAUCAGGUGUUUACCCUUAAGAAUGGAGGAAGAAAAGAAUUGUGAGGAAAUGGCAUUAGUCCCUCUGCCAAAAUAAUUACUGAACUGGCAGGAAUGUUCUGAAUCAACUAUUUAAUAUUUCAUUUAUUUUAAAGAAAUGUGUGAAGUUACCUGGCCUGAACAUUUUGGUAAAGGACACAAUUGUGGCAGAGAAAUUCACAGGUGUCCCAGAGUAGUAGGCAAGUAAUAUUUAGCCAAGUAUAGCAUCAGUACUUUGGUAAGGUAAUGUUGAGUCAGAUUAAUCCAAUAAUCGGGGGGUGGGGAGUGGGGGGUAGAAAUUGGCUAAGAGGAUUUCUACUUUUAUGCAUUGAUCUGAAUCCUGUCAAUAUAGGCAAAGAUUAUAAAAGAUGUUUUAAAUGCCAGUACCUAGGACUGCUGAAACUGCAAUGAAAUAGGCAUUUUCAUAGACUUUAUCCAAACUGUCUACAUAUCAAUUUUGCAAUAAAUGUCAAGAAUCUUUAAAGACUAAAA